AUGGAAGAUGAAAUUCUUGAAUUGUCCGAUGAUCAAAAAACGAUUCGAUAUCGAUUUAUUAGUCAAAUCGCGAAAGAAAACAAUAAAAUCGCCGGUUAUUUGAGAAAGAUCUUUCAUAUUUCAACAAAUGGUGAUCGAAAAAAACGAAUUGAUGUUUAUCAAAAGAUUCUUGAUGAAUUACCAUUUGGAAGUGUUGAUCGAGAAAAAUUAUUGGAAUAUUAUGCAAAAAUUAUGGAUUUAGAACGUCGUGUUCGAAAAUUCGUCAAUGCAAAGAUUUACAAUGAAAAAAUUGAAAAUCCUCAAAGUACGGCAACUGCUGAUCAAUUCGAUUAUGUUCUCAAACGAAUGUUCGAAGAAAAUGUUGAACCAGAAAUCGUGAAAAAAUUCUACGAUGAAAAUGCUUUUGCUAUUUUUAGUUUAACAAUGCAUCCAACAAAUCCAACAUCAAUGGAAUAUACAAUUAAAGGUGGAAUUCGAUUUGAUAAAUAUUUAGAUGAUCAACAAGAUUAUACAGAACAUUUAAAAAUCAUUCAAGAUUUACCUUUAGCAGGAAAAAAGAAAACAAUUGAAGAUGAAGUAAAUGAAACAAUUGCAAUUCUUGAUAUGAUUUAUGAAACAGCACCAAAAUUAAGAGAACAACUUAUUGAUACAUUGAAAAAUUAUCCAACUUAUGAAAAAGUUCUUGAUGUGAAUAUUCCGAGAAUUCAAGCAUCAAUUUGGCCAGCAGGAGAUGGUGAUGGAAAUGAAAAUGCUGAUAUUAAAGCUCUUAAAAAAGCCAUUCAACAAUUAAAACAAAGAAUUAAAGAAUUAUAUUUAAAUGAUAUUCAACAAUUAUCUUCACAAAAUAAAAAUCAUAUUGAACAAAAAUUAAUUGAGAAUUCUUAUGAAACACCACAACAAUUAAUUGAAGAUUUACAAAAACUUGAAAAUACUGAUGAUUUAAUUUAUAAAGUUCGAACAUUUCAAUUUUAUUAUGCACAAAUUGAUAUUCGACAUAAUGCCAUUGAUAUUAUGCAAACUUUACAACAUUUAUUAAAAGUCAAUCAAUUACAUGAUGAUUUCUUAUCUCUAUCGUUGAAAGAACAAAAAGAUUUGAUUAAUAAAUGGUUAAAUGAUGAGAAAACCAUUGACAAGUUAAAAUCAACGAAUCAAGAUGAAUUAACGAAAAGUAAUAAAACAGCUGGAAGAAUCUUUGGUCGAUUGAAAUUAAUUCCAAAUGAUUUGGAUAUUUUUAAUAAAUUAAUCAUUGCAGAAACGAAAUCGAUUGUCAAUGUUUUAGGUGUUUUUCUUCUUUUAAAAGCCACGGGAAAUUGUGUUGCUGAAAAAGGAACAGUUCUCGAUAUUGUCACAUUAAGUGAAUCAGUCAGUGAUUUAAAUCAAUUACCAAAUUUAAUUUCUGAAUUAAUUGAAGAUCCAAUUUAUCGAAAACAUUUAUCUUUUCGUGGAAAAUUAAUUCCAAUGAUUGCUAAAAGUGAUACAGUAAGAAGAAAUGGUCGUGGUGCUGAAUCAUCUCAAGAAGAAGCAUUAGGAAAAGUUUAUGCAAUGGUUGAAGAAUUUCGUUCAAAAUAUCCUGAAUUAAAAUAUUUAACAAUUAAUGGUUUUAGUGGUGGUGGUGCUGCUUUACAACGUGGUGGUGGUCGAGUCACUGAAGUUCCACAUAAUAAUGGACGUGUUGCACGAUAUUUUCAUGCGAAAACAAUUGGUCCAUCAUUAUUAACAAUUCAAGGUCAUCAAAUGCAAAUUCUUUUUUCUCCAACAUCAAUUUGUUUACAUAUGUUAGAAUCUUUAAUUGCACAAAAUCUUCAUGCUCGUGUUCAAACUGAAUUGAAAUCUGAUGGAACACAUUAUGUUCCACCACGACGUGCACCUGAUGGAUAUGAUCAAAAUCAUCAUAUUAAUAAUUUUCAUCAAGCUUGUCAACAAAUGAGACAAACUUAUACAGAAUUUAUGGGAAAUCUUGAUGAUGAUGAAAAUCCUGAAUCGGGAAAUAAUAGUUUUAACCAAUUAUUUGCAAAUGCACCGUGGGUUUCGGUUAUUUUAGGAAAUCUCAGUUCGCGUCCAUCGAAACGUGGUGCAACUGGAUCGAAUACAGAUGAAAUAACUGUAAGAAGUAUUCGAGGUGAUCAACCAAAAUUAUUAAAUAAUCGAGCAAUUACUGUUGAAAGAAUUUCAGCACAUAGUGGAACACAUUUUUUAACUUAUUUAAGUGUUUUUGAAGGUUUAAAUUCAAUUAAUCGCACAGAAUUACAUGAUAUGUAUAUUUGUGGCAAAUCAGCACGAGAUUUUAUGAGAAAUACAGCUUUAUCAUUACAUAUGACUGAUUUUGAUUUAGCUUGGGAAACAAUGAUUGGAGAAAAAAGACCAAAUAAAGAAGAAUUAAUGAAAUUAGCCAAACAAUUUGAUCGAAAACAAAAUACAAACAAUUCUAAUAAAUCAAUUUUAGCUUGGCUUGAAUUUUAUGCAUUAGAUGUAGCGAAAUUAGUUCAUAAAUGUAUUCUUGGUGAAGAUCCAAAAGAAGAUUUUAAUUUACAAACACCAUUAAAAGCAAGUUUUUCUAAUUUAGCACAACAAUUAGCAAUUCGAGAAGAAUCUGAUGAAUUUGGAAGAUAUGCUGAAGCUCAAAUGACCAAUUUUAUUAAUCAUAAUUUAGAUCAUGUUUUAACAGAAAGAGAAAUGAUUACUUUACAAUCAUGUUAUGCAGCUGCUGAUGUUGUCAAUGCACCAGAAGGUGGUUUAAAUAUUGAAUUAACAAGAAAAAAAAUCAACUAA